AUGGAGCGAGCUAUGAACAACAUGGAGAAGAUGGCUCAGGCACAAAUCGAUGAUUUGGAAACGAAAUUAUCGCAGUCUACGAACGAGUGUAAAGAGCUACGAAAGGAAGUGCAGGAAGCGACGGCAACGAAGCAAGCGAAUGAGAAGAAACAUUCUCAGACGGUUAACAAGCUUGCAAAGGUGACGUCAGAGCUGAAGGCAGAGCAGGAAAUGAACGAAAUGCUUCGAGCGGAUCAGCAGCUUUGGAAGUCAAAAGUCUUGGAGUUGGAGAACAAAUGUGUUACGAGUGAGCAGCAAUUUUCAAAGAGAAUCAACGAGCUUCAAGAGCAAGUUUCUGAUCUGAUGUUACACUUUGAUGCACAAGCGAAGAUACAAGCUCAACUGGAUAGCUCGCAAGUUUCCAAAGAGGAAAUUGAGUCCAGCCAAGUGGGAGUGUCGGCCACGCCGGAAAAGCGACAACGGCGUAAGAACAAGCGAUGA